AUGAACACAAAAGCACUGCGGGCGCACUUUAGGGAAGAAACUGGAUGUUUUGCGUAUCGGGCUAGGAUGCAUUGUCUUUUUGCUGAGCUGGAGCCAUCUUUAACCGUCACAAACCUGGCAGACCGAGUUCGGUAUAUCUUGAACUCAAAUAUAUUUGAUGUCGCCGAACUCGAACGGCUACGACGUGAGGCUGUUCCCUCAUCGGAUGAAAAUGCUACGGCUGAGGAUGCGGCGCCACAAAUUGUAGAGCAACCCGCAAACGUGGAUGCCGCCGUGAAUACCCCAGUUGUGGUUGAUUCAAACGAUGAUGGAACAGUCGCCCAGGAACUGGAAUUAGAGCAUAUGAGGAGUACAUUGGAAGAGACGAUUGUGGAAACGCGCAUUACGUCUCUCGAAAAUCGACCGCGACUUCCCCGCAUAGCCCUAAGCAAGCGGAAUCAGGCUAUCGUGAGGGCUCUGAACCCAAUGCUGGUGACAGAUUUGGAAGCCAGCCGGGACCUUUGCGAGACGGACUCAAUUCUUUUUGGCGCCGCGGCGGCAGUCUGCCGUAUCAUAUGCGCCAACGUUUCCACGGCUGGACGCGCUACUGACCAAAGUAACGCUAUCCCAGCAUGGAGAAGAAGAAUUGAGGAACGUAUCGCAAAGGCUAGAGCUCUCAUCUGCAGACUGAUAUGGUUCAGAUCAGGCAAUAACAGGCCAAGAAUUGUGCGCACCGUCAGGAUGGCGUUUGCUGGGACAAAAGUCAGUUUGUCCCAGCCGGAUAUAACGCAAAAACUGACGGAGCGCAUAGAUGAUCUGAAGCAGAGAAUCGCUGCUUGA